AUGUCUGCCAACAACGGUAUUUCCACAAUCCACGAUACCGUAACCAAUAAAGAUGUUCCCUUCAGUCGGCGAUUCCCAGCAGAUAUUGAGUCAAUGAUAUUCGAGGAAGCCUGUUAUAACGAACGUGUCGUAUGGAUACGUGAAUCGCGGUUUAAGGUCGCAAUCGAUAGCGGAUACAGGUCACUUUAUCGCUUCCGAAGUAAUCAACCCGUCCCAGCCAUCAUGCACGUCAAUGCAAAUGCUCGAGAAAUAGCUUUACGGCAUUACAAAGCCGGCUUCGCCGCUGAAAAGAAUUUCAACAAGCUAGACCCACCAGAGAUAGAGAAUCAUCGCAUCUAUCUAAAUCCAGCUUCUGAUAUUGUUUGGCCGGUAGAUUCAGUGAGUAGUCAUUUUGUGAAAAGCUUGAGAGAUUUAAAUGUAGAGACGAUUGCCAUAGACAUCUUCCCUAUGCUUAAUAUUCUCAGAGGGUAUUUCAAUUACGCCCUCUGCCCCAGAAAUGGUUCCCAUAAAGCCGGCUGGGUCGAAAGAGACACUGAGGCUACAAAUCUUUGGAUUCAUGAUCAACCUACAGAGCUCUUUUGUGGGUCAUAUAUAAGCAUAUUGCAUGGUUCAUCAGAAUUUGGACUACCUUAUUGCUGUGAUGCGAUGAGAUGUUCCACUAAUUUGGUGAGGGAACUCGCCGCAACUCAUUCACGACAAGUCAGAAAGAAUCAUUAUAAGGGCAACGAAGGAACCCGGGCACAGAGGUUACCUCAAUGCCCAGAAUGGCUUUUCGAAAGAUCAGGCAACUGGCAGAGACCCAGGAACAAGUUCUUGCUUCAUUGGCGUUAG